AUGUCCCUCCGAAGACCGCGCACUAGCGAAAUGGCCAGCGAUAACACUCCAAUCCUCCAACUCCAAGAUGACCGUCGUGCUCCCCCAACUUGGCGAAGGCGGCGUGUCGCGCGUUCGCUCACCCGACACUGGAAGGUCGUAGUCGGCGUCCUCAUCUUGUGUCUUAUCGAAUCCGUCGUUCAUGUGCGCAGCUUCAGAAUCCAGCGGCCAGCAACCAAUCUCGAUCCCCCGUUCCACGUCGGUUGCCAGACGCCCAUUCUCAACACCACCGAGCGUGCCAAUGCCGCGAUGGUUAUGCUGGCGCGGAACACGGAUGUCGACGGCGCCAUUGAUAGCAUACAGAGUGUUCAGAAUCAGUUCAACCAGCACUUUGGAUACCCUUGGGUUUUUCUCAACGACAAGGAUUGGUCGCCCGAGUUCGUCUCGAGAGUUGGCAAAGUCGUGAAAGAGACUGGCGGCGGCGAAGCAUAUUUCGAGACGAUUCCUACCUACAUGUGGGGAUAUCCUCCCUGGAUCGAUCAGGGAAAAGCACGACAGGAGAUGGAGAGCAUGCAAAACAGGCGAAUUGCCUAUGCCGAUAUCGAGAUUACCUGCGCAUUGACCUAUGACCCGUUCGUCGAGAUGGAGCGGAACGACAAACGCUACGGCUAUACUGUUGCUCUUUGGGAGCUUGGGAAGACUGUACCGACUCUUUUCCAGAAGCUAUCCGAUUGGAAGAACAAGCGAAAUAUGCCCUCGACUUCGUUGUGGACCGCCAUGAUGGCCCCCGCAUGGCUUCCGUGGCCGUUUCGCAAGAUUCUGCGCCUUUUGCGUAACCGCGACGGCAAUGGGGACAUGUGGAACAUGUGCCAUUUCUGGUCCAAUUUCGAAAUCGCUGACAUGACUUUCUUCCGUUCGCAAGAGUAUCGCGAAUUCUUCCAAUUCCUCGAUGAAGAUGGUGGCUUCUACUACGAGCGCUGGGGAGAUGCCCCUGUUCACAGCCUCGCCGCUGGGCUGUUGCUCCGCCCUGAUCAGGUACAUCACUUCUCUGACUUGGGCUACGUGCACAAACCAUUCCAAUACUGCACUUUUGCGCCCCAUGAGGACGCAUUCAAGCGAGGCGAGCUGGUCCCUGACUUUGAUGCCAACGACGUGAGAAAAGCUACGGAGAAGGAAAUUGGAUGCAACUGCUUCUGUGACCCCAACAUUGCCCAGGUCGCCCCCGAGUGCUUCAACAGGAUCAAGAGUACCGUCAUGUGA